GCAUCGCAUCCUCAGCGACACAGACCCUGUAGGGACGGAAGGGAAUGGACGCCUGGCUGGCCUGUCGUCUGAGGCUGAGAACACGUGCCUGUCUGAGCUUGCUGGCCGGUCUCGUGGCUGUGACCUGCUGUGUGCAGCUCUGGUUGUCAGCACUGGGAUCGAGGACUCCAGGGGUUGUGGUGAAAGGUCUUUCUCUGAAAUCCAGUCAGCAGCCUAUCGACGAACAGAGUGAGGCCAGCUCCAUCUGCAUCACAAAAGGAAGACGACUCCGUAUGCUGCACUAUUGCCUCCCUUUUACGAACAACUCUCUGCAGCUGAGGUUUGUGGACAGUAGAGUUCCGGUGAUAUCCGUGGAGCAUCGCUACCUCCACUGUCCUGUUGCUAAGGCAGCAUCCACAUUCUGGGUACGGUUCAUGAAGGUACUGAACGAGACGGGUGCCUCUCCGUUCAGAGUAGCUCUCGACCAACGCACGUCAGUAAGAAGAAACAUUCAGACCCUUCGGGACCUCGCUUCACGAGAAGAAAAGCUGGACUUUCUAAAAUCGGCCACAAAAGCAGUUUUCGUCAGAGAUCCUUAUUCUCGAAUGUUCUCUGCCUGGGUUGAUAAGGCCUUCACGCCGAAUCCAUUUUACUGGACCGUCUGGGGAGCUGAAGCUAUUCACACGUUUCGAAAGCGGGCCACGUCCAAGGAAUCGUUUUGCGGAAGUGACGUCACGUUCGCUGAAGUCAUGGCGCUGGCGGCAAGUGGUAUGCACAUGAGGGACCUUCACUUUCAUCCGGUUUUCACGGAAUGCCAGCCUUGCGGCUUCAGGUACGACGUUUGUCGGAAAAAUGGAAACAUUCGGCCGCGACCUGAACCGUCUGAUCACUUGCCUCAACGUGUCCAACAAAGACUACUUCCGCAGCAAAGAGUUCCGACAGGACUACGUCAGAGACGCCAUCGAGGACUCGGUGAACAGCCCUUGGAGCUGGCUGGCGAACAUCACCAAGUGCAUGUCCAUUAGCGAGGCGGCCAAACGGGUUUGGAGAAAACUGCAAAUCAGAGGCAUCAUCAGCCGGCGGUUUCCGUUUCCAUUCACAGAGAUGGAGUCGAGUUCACUCCUGGCGGGUGAGUUCAUCGAAGCUGCCCUCUCAGCCCACAGA